UAUGUUAUUUUAAACAAUUCAAAAAUCAAUCAUUUAGAUUUAUUAAAAAAUAACUCAUAACAUUUUGAUAAUAGAUUAUGGAUAAAUCCUGAAAACUAUGUAUAAUUUAGGAAAUAAAAAUACUCCAAUUAUCGGGGAGUUAGACUUAUUUCUAUAUAUUCGAGGCCUAUUCAUAAUCUACUCUCUCACAUUGUCCUGGUUUCAAAUACUUUUUCUUAAUAGUCAAUUAUUAAAAUAGCCUCAUUUUUGA